UCGAAAAUUUUCUUACCCGGAAAUUGAAAUUAAUGCCUUAAAAAGGAAGCAUCCAGCUGAUGCAGUGCCAUCAAAGAAUGUAAAAAAGCCAAAAAAAGAGCAAAGGUUAAUUAUCUCCCUCCGCAUCCUACUGGAGAAACCCAAGAGACACUGGCGAAAGAGAGGCUUGAAUUAAUUUAUGAAAUAACGAAGAAAAACAACGCAAAGAUAAUUGCAGAUAAAAUGAAUAAAACGUUCUCUAGCCGAAGAGUUGAAGUGGUCAGCCUCUGCCCCUCUGAGGGUGAGUUAAAAGAAAGGUGGCCAGCAUUAUUCACUAAGGCUCAGCUCAUUGAAGAGUUCGGACGCAUCACCACAGUUUCCUUGGUGGAGACAUUCAUGCUGAAACUUGAUGAGUACACACCAGGUCUUUUGCAGCUUAUGCGUGCCAAAGGAGGAGCUGCUGGUUCCAAGAUGAGACCUUUGCUGGACACUUUGAAUGACACACAGAGCAUUGAGAAUAAAAGGGAUGUCAUUAUCUGCUGCCUCAUUAGCUACCUCAGGGAAAGACAAGAAGAUCUUUUUCAUGACUGCCAGGAAUGUGAGGAUUACACAGACAAUAUGAUGAAGGUGAUCGUGAUCCACAACAUCAUGGCUGAGGAGGAUCCAUCAGAUGUGUCCAUUGUGAUUGAGGGAAACCAAGUGAUGGAGGGAUGUGGAAGCCGAACAAAGGCAUGUGUUCUGCUGAUGGGACUGAUAUAUGCCCUCAACUUUGAAUAUCCGAAGGAGCUGAAGAACACAUUUGACACUUUUCAAAAACUUUUUUUGGAACUUGACGGGGCCAAACUACUGAAAAAGGUCCACGGCCUCAAAAAUAAGCUUAUGCAAUGCACACACAUUUCCCCUCUUGUUCCAAGAGGAUCUUUUGUCCUUUUUUUGGGGGGGGGGUACCCCAUUUUACCUUAUAUUAAUAGGUAAUAAAACGUCUUGAUGCAUUCU